AUGUAUUACUGGUUAUCAACUCUCAAACGACGACGCUUUUCUCCUCUCUCACUCUUGCGCCAAGCUCAUCCAGAAUCUCCUCCUCCUGGCCACCGCCAUCUCCAACAUCACCACCAAAUUCCAGGACCCCCAACCUCGCCGCCUUCCACCACCUCUUAUGCUGCUUCGCAGACUCGUGUUGCGAGUCAAGAAACUCGAGAGGACAAAGCUUGUAGGUUUAUCUCAUGGCAGAAGAGGCCUACGGAUCAAGGCUGCCGCCGUGCUUGUGGAACCGGUCGUCGACUUCUCCGUCGUUUGACGCGAACGACAGUGAGACCGUACGGAUCAAGACGUAAAGCUGUCGUGAACGAAGAAGAAUAUGUUGAAUUCAACGAAGAAUUUACGAAGGCAAAAAACUUGGUUAGUUCAGAACAGGAGGUAAUUGUCGAGCAAGUUUCAUAG